GGCGCACUCGUUACAUUCAGCUGACGUUUCGGCUGUUUCCGUCUUUCUGUCUUUUUCGGCUUAAACUUGGUCGCCUAACAAACGCCAAAAUGUCGCUCGUAAUCCCCGAAAAGUUCCAACACAUUCUGCGUAUUAUGAAUACCAACAUUGAUGGUAAACGUAAAGUUGGUAUUGCCAUGACUGCCAUCAAAGGUGUGGGUCGUCGUUACUCCAACAUUGUUUUAAAGAAGGCUGACGUUGAUCUUACCAAACGCGCUGGAGAAUGCACUGAGGAAGAGGUUGACAAGAUUGUCACCAUCAUUUCCAAUCCGCUUCAAUACAAAGUACCAAACUGGUUCCUUAACAGACAAAAGGAUAUCAUUGAUGGCAAGUACACACAAUUGACAUCUUCGAAUUUGGACUCAAAAUUGCGUGAAGAUUUGGAACGUUUGAAGAAAAUCCGCUCCCACCGUGGUCUGCGUCACUACUGGGGUCUGCGUGUGCGUGGUCAACAUACCAAGACUACCGGCCGUCGUGGUCGCACUGUCGGUGUGUCUAAGAAGAAGUAAACAGUUUUUCAGUGGCAUUGUCAAAAUGUUCAAUUGUUUAUACAAAUUUCCACAAUGCAUACAUAUUCGAAUUUGAUCUGUAUGCACACCUAAAAAUCAAUUUUUAUUAAAAGUGAAUAAUUUAAACUACA